AUGAUAUACGAAGAAUUUAUAGGUGCUAUCAAGAUAAAGGAUGGUCUUUUUAUAGGAGACUAGCAAGCUGUUAAAGACUUAGAAUUCAUUUUAACCAAUAAAGUAACUCACAUUAUAAAUGCAGCUGGUAAACAGAUUGAUAAUAUGUUAGAAAACUUAGGGGUUUAGUAUUUAACUUUUUAUUGGUAGGAAUCAGAUAAAUAGAUUUUGUUUGAUAAAAACAUAGAAACUGUGAACUAAAUUGUAGAUUUUAUUGAAGAAGCUAAUUAAAAUGGUGAAUCAUGUCUAGUCCAUAGUGUGAGAGGAUAAAGCAGGGCGUGUUGUAUUUUAACAGCUUAUUUUAUGAGAAAGUAUUAAUGGACCCUUCUUAAGACUCUUGAUUAUUUAAAUUCACGUAGACCAGAUCUUGAAAUACGUGCUACUUUUUUCGAAUAAUUGAAAAAUCUUGAGUUAUAUUUAUAGUAGACUGGAUAAGGCGCUAUAAGUUAAGAUUGGAAUCAAUCAGGUGCAGGGCCAGAUGCAAAAAUAUAAGUUGAAAAUUCACCUGAUGAAAUUCUUAUAAGAAACACUUAUGUGAAUUCUAAGUAAGGAUAAAUUCCAGAUUAUUACUUAAAUAUAGGAAAACCUUAAAGAUUUGGAGGGUAUUCUCCAUAUAAGAAGCCUGCUCCAACCAAAAUUAUAUGGCUUGAUGAAGUAUCUAACAAUAAGAAAAAACUAGUCCAGGUAUUAAAUUAAUCCUAAUCUACAGGAAAGAAAGGGGCUUCUGUACAACACAGAAAACCAUCUCCUGCUCCUUUUAAAAGAGCUUAAUAACAAGCUCUCAAGUAAAUAGAACAGUAAUAAACUCAAAUACUACCUUAAAACCAAAACCAGGAUUACAUAGAUUCUAUUUUAAAGGGGUCAAAUAAGAUUUUCAAAAAAAUUACUGGCGAAGAGCUAAGUGAAGUAGAAAUAAAUUAGAUAAAGUAAUAAGCUAAUCAACCUUAAAUAUACAAUAAUUCUUUUUAAUAAAGUGCAUAAAAAUCAAAUGAAAACAGUGCUAAUAAACCUCCACAAAAUCCUAUGAGCAGCAGCUUAAAUAAACUAAAUAGCAAUAGGGUUACUUAACAAGAAUCAGAUGCAGAAAACGGUGAUUCAAGCAAUCCUUCAAAUAAAAGCAUUACAAAUAAAGAAAAUUCAAGUCGACCUGGUUCAACAAGAGAUGAAUCUCUUCUGCAAGAUAAAAAUGCUAACGAAGUUCAGUACUAAUAAUAUUCUAAAUUACCAUAGAGUGCUAAAUAAGAAAUUUAGCAAGUAAAAAUAGGUAAUACUCGUGGUAAGGAAGUUGGUAAUUCUCAAAGUUUAAAUAAUUAAAUUUACAACAAUACAAAUGUCAACAUCAAUAAUUCUUAAAUAAGAUAAGAUAACUCUCAAAAUACUCUCAAUAGCUAAAAUAUAAAUAUCAAAAAUAAGUAUGGAAAUGAUGGUAAUGCUAAAGUGAAUAAUAUAAAUGGAAAUAUCAUAAAUCUCACAGUUAAUAACUUUGUAAAUGCAAAUGUUGCUACAGGUAAUGUAGUUUAACAAGGCUUCCAAAUUGCAAACGUAGCCACUAAUAGUGUAAUUGGAAACUCUCAAUAAAUACCAGGUAACUAUGAUAUGAAUGUUGAAAACUUAGCUUAACAACCUUUUAUUGUUUAAUACCCUUAAAAUGGUAUAGACUUUACAAAUAUGAAUAGUAAUAGCUAUGUUAAAAGUAACAACUCUGGAUUAAUUAAUAACAGCAACAAUUCAAGUAAUAGUAACUAAAAUUCUGCUGGAAAGUAGUAUAAGCAAUAUAGUAGCGAUCCUAGUAAAUUAUAAAAUUAUUACAAAUUUGUUGUCGAGGAUAAAGCAAAGAAUUAAGGGAGUGAUUUUAAGAACAAUGGUCAAGGUGCCUAGCUUCCUAUGGCUCAAUAAAUUAUAUUUUAAAAUUAGUAGAUGCUCUUGAUGUAAAAAUAACAGUAAUAACAAUAGCAGCAUUAAGCAUUAAACCAAAACAUUUAGUUAACUUAACAAUAGUAAUAAGCUCAAUAAUUUAAUAUCUAGCAAAUUCCUAUUUCGAUUUUACAAAAUCAGCAGACAUCAUAAAAUUCUGGAGGAUAAAAUUCAAAUUCCUAAAUUCUUUCAAAAAUGCUCAGUAAGAAUAACACUUACCACCAUUCUGAUAUGGUAUAUUAAAAAGUCAUUUCUAAAAGCUUUAACCAAAGCAAAAUAAAAUAAGAAAUGGUAUUUGGUUAAAAUUAGUAUUAAUUCCCUAAAGAAAUCAACAAUUACUCAUUGAUAAAGAACGAUUUAUCAGAUUCAAAAAUAACAAAGAACAUGAUGAAGUAGAAACAAAAUAUCCAAAAUUCUUAGCUGCAAUAAUAGCCUAUAAGUCACAAGUUUCCUAUUAAAGCAAAUCCUGAUUUGUUUGAAAAAAGACCUAAUUCAGCAAAUACAAGCUUACCUCAAGGAAGACAAGCUUAUAAUGGAUUCGUAGUUAUGACAAACAAUUUUAUGAUGGGAACCAAUCACAUGAACAACAAUAAUAAUUAUAAUGAGAAUGAAAAUAAUAAUUUUGAUUCUAGUAACAUAAAUAAAAGACCUUCUUCUACAGGAGGUGGUAUUCGUUCUUUUUCUCCAGGGUCUAAAAAUAUUAAGCCAUAAAACCUUCCUAAUUCUAUCAAACCUUAACUGAUUGUAACUAAUCAAAAUGGAUCUAAAAAAACAGGAAUGAGAUAUCCCUCACCAGCAAUAAAUUCUUCAAGCCAAAAUACAUAUUAAAUGUCAGUAUCCUAGAAAAAUAAAUGGAAAUGA